AUGGCCGCCGUUUCGCCUCACCGCUGUCGAGCGCCUCAGACCUUCAUCUUCGCCCUCUUCGUCCUGUCAGGCGGACAGUUUUCGCCCGUUUCCUCUUUUAAAGUGCCGGAGGGGGGCGUGGCCUCUCUGUCCUGCCAGUACUCGGUGAAGCGUUUCGGUCUGAGUCGGGUCUGCUGGGGUCGCGGCUGCGGGACCUUCUGGUGCAGCAACAUCCUGGUGCAGACGGACGAGAAUGGCGUCAUCUCCAAGGUGGCGGACCGGUACCGGCUGACGGGGGACGUCCUGGAAGGACAGAUGGACCUGGACAUCCUGAACGUGAGGCGGACGGACAGCGGGCCGUACUGCUGCAGGGUGGACAUCGACGGUAUCUUCAACGACAAGAAGGUGAUCAUGAACCUGAGAGUGGUCAAAGCUCCGGCCACCAGUUCUCCUCCUCCGGCAAUGACCACAACCACAAUGACGGAUCGAGUCACGGAGCUGUCGGCCUCCACAGUAAAGUGGAAAACGCUGCUGUCGUCCCAGCUGGACCUUCUGAGGAGGAACUCCACCCUGCUGCGCUCCGACCCCGUCGCCGUGGAGGACUCUCUACCCUCGCUCUCCCUUCAGAUCAAUGUUCCCGUCCUCUCUCUCUCCCUCAGCGUGCUGUUGGUCUUGGCGGCAGUUUUCCUCUUGCUGGCCUUCAAACGUGGAAUAUACAGAAGAGCCUUAAAGACCGGCUGUUUCUCCACUGAGGAACCUCCUCACAUCAUCUACGAGAUCCGGAUGAGAAGGCCGGUUCAGGAGAACAUCUACAUACUGGACUAGGGAGCCCCGUUCACACCUGGACCACAUACAGUCUGGUUUUACACACU